AUGACGCUAGGAGGCUUUGUCUUGGACAAGAAAGACGAAGAAGGUCUUCUUUGCGAAGCGCAGCAAACAGUCCGUGAUCAAAGCUAUCGUAUGCAGCGUGCCAUCGAUGCAGGUGACCAGGAAGCAGUCCUAAAGCACGCUGCUGAGUUCUUACGCGAGCUGCGCACGAAUCUAUUGUCUCCAACGAAAUACUACCAAUUAUAUAUGCAAAUAAUGGAUGAAUUGCGACACUUUGAAAGCUACGUCGAUGAUCAACGGCAGGCAGGCGCAUCUAUGCGAGUGCUCUAUGAACGUGUUCAGAGCAGUGGAAAUGUGCUGCCAAGACUUUACUUAAUGGUGGCGGUAGGCUCUGUUUAUAUCAAAUCGCAAGAAAUUCCAGUUCGAGAGAUUUUGACGGAUUUAGUAGAAAUGCUGAAAGGAGUGCAACAUCCGUUGCGAGGACUCUUUCUACGACAUUAUUUAUCACUCAGUGUCCGUGACAAGCUCCCGGAUACGGGAUCAGUGUACGAGCAAUCGGGUGGUGGUACUAUCAUUGAUGCCAUUGAUUUUCUACUGCAAAAUUUACGAGAGACUAAUCAACUUUGGAUAAGACUGCGACAUCAAAAGAGUGGAGGGGAAAGACCGGUAACCGGACGAGAGAAAGAGCGAUUGGAGCUGCGAUUGCUGGUCGGUACGAGCCUGGUGAGGCUUAGUCAGAUGGAAGGGGUCACGCUUAGCGUUUACACAGAACAAGUCUUGCCUCGGUUAUUAAAUGAUAUAGUGCUUGUGACGAAAGAUUCAACGUCACAGCAAUAUUUAAUGGAUUGUAUUGUUCAAGUUUUUCCAGAUGAAUUUCACUUGCAAAAUCUAGAAAAAUUACUAGGUGCGGUUGAGAAAUUACAGUCAAGUGUUGACGUAGCGUUGACUUUGACCGCAUUUUUUGAGCGAUUGACAAAGUUUCGAGAAGCUCAAGGUGUUAUUCGAAAUUUGAAGGAGCAAGAACAAGUCGACGAAUCACUGGAACAUCAAGUUGAGGAUCUUCUCGUGUUUCAACAAUUACUGGCAACAACUUCUAAAGUGCUUGUGCAUUCAUCACGGUAUGAUGCUAAAGUCAAGGAAAUUUUAAGUGAAGACAGCAGCUCUAAGGUCCAUUUAGCUUUGGUCCUUCCCUUAUUCGUGACAUUCGCAUCUUUUACCCUCACGUGGUUGGGUGUUAGCCCAACACGUCAAAGUCCCGACACAACCUCAGCGUUACAAAAAAUUGUUAUGAUGUGUCUUACAUUUUUGCAAAAACGAGCAACAGCAUGGCAAGAUGACAGCGACAAACAAACAUACCAAACAGUGAUUUUGCAGCUUAAAACUCUCGUUUUGACACUCCUUGAAGCAUUAACAAUACAAGAUCUAAUGGAUAUCCCAGCGCUCCUUGAAUUAAUUACAUUAAUGCCGUGGAAAGGAGCACGGAAGGACAUAGCAAUGACAUAUAUUCGUGUGCUUCUAGCACGUCAUGAGCGUGUACGUGACGACAAACAAAUGGAUUUUUUGCUUCAAGUAUUGGCACCUUUAGUACGUGACGAUCCCAAUGAGUUACAGUCUCCAGCUCCAGCCAUAAAUGAGUCAGACAAGGAUACUAAGAUCUUUGAAGUGGAACAGCAAAUUUUGGCCAAGGUUAUUCACCUAGUAAUUAAUGACGAUUUAGAUAUUCGAUUCCAGGUAUAUUCCGUCGCCCGACGUGCUUUCCUUCAAAGUGGCGUCUAUCGCAUUCGUUAUUCUCUUGUCCCAUUGAUUUACCAAUCGCUUACACUUGCCCGAGAUCUAGCUGCACAUCAUAAACAGAAAACUCAAAAUCAGGCGGUGGAUAUGAAGACAGAGCUUGAAGCUAUAGCAUAUUCUUCGAGACCGGGCAAGACUUUUGAGACAACGCCUCGCCAAGUACUUCAGUUUGUACAUGAAAUGGUGACUGCAUUGGCUUCUAAGCAAGAUGCGCUAUCAGUUCCGUGCGUUCACUUGUUUUUGCAGUGUGCUUUAAUUGCUGAUGGCUGUGCGUAUGAAGCGGUUGCGUACGAAUUUAUUACCCAAGCUUUUAUUGUAUAUGAAGACCAGAUUACACUUGCCCGGGAACAAUGGCGUGCUUUGGAGAUCAUGGUGGCAUCUCUUCGUGCCGUUCGCAAUUUGUCGAGUGCUAAUUACGAGGUUCUUGCUACAAAGACGACACAAUACGCAGCCCGACUACUUAAGAAGAAAGACCAAGCACUAAUGGUGUUAAAUUGUGCACACCUUUUUUGGCAUCCUUGUCAACAAGAUGGCAAACGCGUUCGAGAAUGUCUUCAGCGCUCUCUUCGUAUUGCAGAUGCGAUCAAGGACACAUCAUCGAACCAAGUUUGUCUUUUUCUUGAUAUUUUAGAAGCUUAUUUGUACUUUUACGAGGCACAGACACCUGAGGUGACACAGAAUUAUCUUGUUGGGCUAUUAACACUCGUCAAAGACCAUUUGGAGAACAUGGAGCACGGUCAAAGGCGUCGAGAAGGCGAGUUUCAUUAUCGUGCAAUUGUGCGUUAUAUGGACAGCUUAGGAUUGUCUGACGAUGCCAUAUCUUCGUCGUCUUCAUCUUCGUCGAGGUAG